CACAAAGUGACUGGGAAUGAGUGUGGGAGUCUGCCCUGACAAAGAAAGCAGAUGCUUGGCCUCCAUCACUCACAGGAUGCUUGCCUGAUUUCCGCAGCGACCUGAGGAGGUUCUGGUGCCCGGGAAUCCAAAACUUGGUGCUCUUGUACAGGCUUUCCACCAAGGUUAAGAAUUUCGAUCUGCACUUUGAAGGCAGCUGACAGCGUGUGGUAAUGUGCUGACUGGCACUAUGGGCAGGCGGUACCCAGGGGCUCACUAUCGGCCAAGCAGCUCAUAUUUCAAAUUAUAAUCUAUUUCCUGAUGCAUUGCUGACGCCCCGUGAGCCAUGUCAGAAGUACUUCCAGUCGAUUCCAGCGUGGACGCGCUGGCAGUGUUUAUGGCAAGCGGCAGCGCCACGGACGUUGUGAACCGCAACAGCCCCGCCACCCCRCCCAACAGCCUGAACCUGCGCUCCUCUCACAACGAGCUCCUGAAUGCGGAGAUCAGGCACACGGAGACCAAGAACAGCACUCCUCCCAAAUGCAGGAAAAAGUACGCACUGACUAACAUUCAGACAGCCAUGGGUCUUUCCGAUCCAGCAGCUCAGCCCCUUCUGGGGAACAGCUCCGCCAAUAUAAAGCUGGUGAAGAAUGGAGAAAACCAGCUCAGGAAAGCUGCCGAGCAGGGACAGCAGGAUCCCAACAAAAACCUCGCUACCACUGCAAGCGUAAAUGUAACUUCUGAGAAGUUUGAAAGCAAUGAGCCAAUCCCACAGGAUUCCUCUGGCUGUGAAAUACUACCCUCGCAGCCAAGGAGGACCAAGAGCUUCCUGAAUUACUACGCAGAUCUAGAGACAUCAGCUAGAGAUCUAGAGCAGGGUUUUGUUGUGAUGGAAGAUAAGUCUGCACAAAGUAACAGCCAGGCUUCUACCGUUAUCGUCAAUGGGGAAGUCCUGCCCCGGAAACAGAACAAGAUGCCAAGCCCAGAGGACGGCCAGKUUGCCACAGUGUCAUCAAGCCCCGAGACAAAGAAAGAUCACCCAAAAACUGGGGCCAAAACAGACUGUGCCCUCCAUAGGAUUCAAAACCUGGCCCCAAGCGAUGAGGACUCCAGCUGGACUACCUUGUCCCAGGACAGCGCCUCGCCGAGCUCGCCUGAUGAGACAGCAGAUAUAUGGAGUGACCAAUCCUUUCAGACAGACCCAGACUUACCACCUGGCUGGAAAAAAGUCAAUGACAUUGCUGGGACCUACUAUUGGCACAUACCAACAGGAACAACUCAAUGGCAGCGUCCUGUGUCCAUCCCGACAGAUCUGCAGGGCUCACGAAAAGGAUCACUCGGUUCCAUUACUCCAUCUCCUACUCCAGAAACUGAGAAACAGCCAUGGAGUGAUUUUGCUGUACUGAAUGGGGGAAAGAUUAAUAGUGACAUUUGGAAGGAUCUGCAUGCAGCCACUGUGAACCCAGACCCAAGUCUGAAAGAGUUUGAAGGAGCAACAUUACGCUAUGCCUCAUUGAAGCUCAGAAAUGGUCCGCAAUCGGAUGACGAUGAUUCUUGCAGCAUCAGCAGUGAUCCAGAAGUCAAGUGCUUUGCUGUGCGAUCUCUGGGCUGGGUAGAAAUGGCAGAAGAAGAUCUAGCUCCUGGAAAGAGCAGUGUUGCUGUAAACAAUUGCAUCAGACAACUCUCUUACUGCAAAAAUGACAUCAGGGACACUGUUGGCAUUUGGGGAGAGGGCAAAGACAUGUACCUUAUACUGGAAAAUGACAUGCUGAACCUGAUUGAUCCCAUGGACCGCACAGUCCUGCACUCGCAGCCCAUCGUGAGCAUCCGAGUCUGGGGCGUGGGGCGUGACAAUGGUCGAGACUUUGCUUAUGUGGCAAGAGACAAAGACACAAGAAUUCUGAAAUGUCAUGUGUUUCGAUGUGACACACCUGCAAAAGCCAUUGCUACAAGUUUACACGAAAUCUGCUCAAAGAUUAUGGCUGAACGGAAGAAUGCUAAAGCUAUGGCUUGCAGCUCAUUGCAAGACAGGACAAAUGUCACCCUUGAAGUUCCUCUGCAAGUAGAUUUCCCAACACCAAAGACAGAAUUGGUGCAGAAGUUCCACGUCCAGUACCUGGGCAUGCUCCCUGUAGCUAAACCUGUGGGAAUGGACACUCUGAAUAGUGCCAUUGAAAGUUUAAUGGCUUCCUCUAGCAAAGAUGACUGGAUGCCAGUUACCAUGAAUGUUGCUGAUGCUACUGUCACAGUCAUCAAUGAAAGAAAUGAAGAGGAAGUCAUGGUGGAAUGUCGUGUGCGGUUCCUGUCCUUCAUGGGAGUUGGCAAAGACAUCCACACGUUCGCUUUCAUUAUGGACACAGGGAACCAGCAUUUUGAGUGCCAUGUUUUUUGGUGUGAACCAAAUGCAGGCAAUGUAUCAGAAGCUGUUCAGGCUGCUUGUAUGUUACGGUAUCAGAAGUGCUUAGUAGCCAGACCUCCUUCACAGAAAGUUCGGCCGCCCCCACCUCCCGCAGACUCGGUGACCAGAAGAGUUACAACCAACGUAAAAAGAGGAGUCUUGUCUCUCAUUGACACUUUGAAACAGAAACGUCCRGUCACCGAGAUGCCAUAGCUGCAGAAGAGAGUGGAUUCUCCUGACAUUUGACUGCAGAUAACAGUAGCUAUACUGAGGAAAAYGAACAGACAAUGUCUGACCUUCCAUUUCAAUUGCUGAUGCUUGRUCUUCAGAGAAUUUACCCCUAUUGAAACAAUGUUAGACAAGCAUGUUCUCUCGUUCUUGCCACCAUCGUGUGAUAUGAAAAGAAGCAUGAAUAAUUUUUUGGCUGUCAAUGAGUUACAUCAUGGGCAAUGGAAGGUCUGUUCRAUUGUAAAUACAGGAACAUUACCUAAACUCACACAAAAAAGAGAAUAUGGCCACGUCCCUCCCAGUGAACUCAUGCUAAAGUCCUUGGAGUGAAUGAUGCCUGAGUUAAGUUUCACCUUCUUCAGCUGGAUUUGUCACAAACCAAUCUUAAAUCCUAUAGCACUUUGCUCUGUUUUCAACACUGGAAUAGGUACCAAGUAUUAGCUACCAUUGAAUUACUGUAGAUUAAAUACCAAGUUUUAUUUUUUACAGAACUACACCUGUUAGUUUUAAAUUGAUUGUCAGCAUUGGUCUAGCAACUACUUUAACAUCUCCCUGACAUGCUUUUGAAUCAUAGUGUCAUUAUGUCAUCUUCUGGUUACACAUUAUGGUCUUACAGAAGUAUUGUUUAAACCAAACCAAUGAUGAAAACUCCAGAAGUGUUUUCAGUAACUGAGUUGCAGGGUGAUCCACUGAAGAUUUUCAGCUUUAAACGUAUAAAUUCAACUGCUGGCUGUUAAAUUUAUUCUCCUAAAUCUAUCAUUAAUUCAUAAAAAAUACUGUUUUUCAUGGAGGGCUCAAACCAAUCAGGAAUAAGAAAGAAGUAGUUAGUGAUUUUAUUGUCUUACAACGGUUCUAGAGACUAAACUAUUCCAUACCUUUUCUACACAAGUGUUU